ACUAGUGUAUAUUUUAUUUUAAACACGUGUAUUCAUAUGUUGAAAAAUGUAAUUUAUUAUUUAUAAAAGGCAUAAUUGCAUAAAUUUAUUGAUACUAUAAUGGAUAAUUCGAGUACGGAGAUUACGAGUGAGUGUACAUCUGAUACUGUCCAAUUAAUCAGUAAUGAUGAGGCUAGUACUUCAAAUUAUGCACAGUUGAACCAGACAACAGAUAUCCAGGAUACUGAGGAAGAUGACUUACAAGGCAGUCAUGGAGUUAGACGCAGACAGCCUAUACAAAAAAUUGAACCUGGGUCAAUGAAUAUUUUAUCAGCAAAAUAUGAGAGUUUAGAUUAUGAUACCUGUGAAAAUCAUUUACUUCUUGAUGAAGAGAGAAAACGAGGAUAUCCAUUUGUUGUAUGGAAGGAUAUAGCAAGAUGGUUUAUAGUGUUACAAAUAGGAGUAAUAACAGCCCUUAUUGCAUUCAUAAUUGACAUAUGCAUUGAAGAAUUCUCAAAUAUUAAAUAUGAACAACUUAAGAAGUCUGUAGAUAAAUAUGUACUCCUAGAUGAACUAUAUAUUCCAUAUUUGCUGUGGGUUUUGUCCAAUAUCUCUAUUGUAUUCUUUGGAUCUAUGCUUGUUGCUUAUAUUGAGCCUGUGGCAGGAGGCAGUGGUAUACCUCAAGUGAAGUGUUAUCUCAAUGGAGUUAAAAUACCAAGGGUUGUUAGAAUCAAAACCCUAUUUGUUAAAGCUGUUGGGGUUAUAUGUGCUGUUGUGGGCGGACUAGCUGGAGGGAAGGAAGGUCCAAUGAUACACUGUGGUGCAGUCGUGGCAGCAGGUAUCUCCCAAGGCAAGAGUACAACAUUCAAUAAGGACUUCAAGAUAUUUCAGUAUUUUCGUGAAGAUCACGAGAAACGAGAUUUUGUGUCCGGAGGUGCUGCGGCUGGAGUCUCCGCUGCAUUUGGUGCACCUAUUGGUGGCGUACUAUUUUCUCUCGAAGAAGGCACCAGUUUUUGGAACCAGGCCUUGACAUGGCGGACAUUUUUUGGCACAGUAGUGUCUACAUUUACUCUCAAUUUUGCGCUAUCUGCCUAUCAUGGUCAUCCAGGAGACUUGAGUUAUCCAGGUCUCCUGAAUCUCGGCAAAAUGGAGCCAUUUCCAUUUCAAAUCUAUGAAUUGCCAGUUUUUAUAAUAUUUGGUGUUAUCGGAGGUUUGUUGGGUGCCCUCUGGAAUUAUAUUAACUAUAAAUUGGCUGUUUUUAGAAUGAGGUAUGUAGGUGAGCCAUGGUUACGCGUCGUCGAAGCUUGUCUGGUGGCAGCUGUCAGUGCCACCUGCGGCUUCCUCAUGAUGUUCCUCCUAAACGACUGUCGGCCUUUGGGAGAGGAUCCCACUAAGGUGCCUCUGCAGCUAUUCUGCGCAGACGGCGAAUACAAUGCAAUGGCUGCGAUAUGGUUCCAAACCCCGGAGGCAUCCGUUCGGUCGUUCCUUCACGAUCCUAUGGGUUCCUACAAACCAGGAUCCCUAGCGAUAUUCGUGGUCUCGUACUUUCUACUUUCCACCUGGACCUUUGGAUUAGCAGUUCCCAGUGGUCUUUUCAUACCGAAUUUACUGACUGGUGCCGCUUGGGGCAGGUUGAUGGCUAUUUGGAUUCAAUAUGCGAUACCGUCUAUGAGUAUAAACCCAGCAAAAUACGCUUUAAUCGGUGCAGCCGCUCAACUAGGCGGUGUUGUACGAAUGACAAUUUCUCUGACAGUCAUUAUUAUUGAGACAACGGGACAGAUAUCGAACGCUCUGCCUAUCAUCGUCACCCUGGUGGUCGCCAAGUGGAUCGGAGACUUCUUUAAUGAGGGUAUCUACGACAUCUUGAUUCAGUUAGCAGGUGUCCCACUUCUCCCCUGGGAACCCCCUCCACUAGCGCACAACAUUUAUGCGUCCGAAGUAAUGUCACAUCCGGUUUUCACCCUUCGGACGGUGGAGAAUGUCGGACAUAUUGUGGAAAUGCUUAAAGUUGUUACGUACAGUGGCUUUCCGGUUGUCGAUCCGCCGUUGGCUGAUGAGAAUGAAGUGACAACAUACAAGCGAUUGCGUGGUAUGAUUCUUCGUUCUCAGUUAAUAGUUAUUAUACAGAACAAAAUAUAUAAUGAAAAUGCGAACACUACGUGGUCGAACCUCGAAGUCGACAUGAAUAUGUUCAGGAAAGAGUAUCCAAGAUUUGCAUCUAUAGAAGAGCUAGAUAUAUCUGAUUGGGAAUUGGCAUGUACAAUAGAUCUUCGUCCGUUCAUGAAUCCGUCUCCAUACACUUUACCGCAUCGCGCCUCCUUGCCUCGCCUGUUUAGACUUUUUAGGGCGUUAGGCCUUAGACAUUUGCCAAUUGUCAACGACGUCAACGAGGUAGUAGGAAUGGUCACCCGUAAAGAUAUAGCAAGGUACAGAGUGUGGAGACAUAGAGGGCACAUGGGAAUGGAGGAAUUAUUAUUGUCAAGUGAAAUAUAACAUUCAUGCUCCAACAUAUUUUAAAACAGACAAUAAUAUAUCUAAUAUUAUAUUUAGGAUUAAAAUUUAACUCAUCAAAAUAUUUUCCAAUUUAGUUUUAAUUGUUAUUGAUUCUGAUAUUACUAAAGACAUAGUUACUUCAUAUUACCUAAGCAUUAAUUGUAAUUUAAACUUGUAUUUUUAUUUAUUUGAAUUGCUCAAGAUUGAAAUUCUCAAAGCAAAAUAGUUUAAUGUCUUUAUGUUAAAGUUUAACAAGAGUUAUAUAUAUUUCUGUAAUAAGUAACUUGCAAAAUGAAAUUGUUUUGUUUAAAGUGUUUGCUUAACACCGCAAGAAGUAAAUUUCAAGAUAAGUCAAAUUAUGUUUAUUUUGAGUAUUAUUUUACAUAUAAAAUAUCACUUGCACUUUUCAUUAUUAAUUACAAAUCAUAUUCACUAGAUGCCUCAUCCAACUGUGAUACAAAAUGUAUUUAUGUAUGAAUGGCUCAGAUAUAACAAUAGAAGUAAAUUAUUUUUUUACUAAUUAAAAAUGACUUAGAAACCAAAGACACUAAUUAUUCUAACAUGUCAUGUAAGCAGUAGAAAUGCUACAACUUUUGUGAUAGAAUCAUUUAUUAUAUAAUUUUUUAUUUUAUCUUUAUUAAUAUUAAGCAAAAUAUAGCAAUAUUGCUUAAAUCAGACAUUGUAAAUAAAUAAAUAAUCAUAUUAGUAUAAAAUAAAUGUAUUUAAAAAUCGAAUUAUUAAAAGGGAUAUUAUAAUGUAUUGACUACUUAUUCACUCUAGACAGUCUAUCCUGGCCAACAUCCUUAGUUGUUCACAAAGAGCUCCCAACCAAUACCAGCCCAUAAA